AUGUUAUCAAUCACUUCAUUAGUUCCACUUCUGAUUUUUACAAUACUUUGUUUCUCUUGUAAGCAGAUCUCAUUGGCCGAGACCACAGCGGCCAUAGGAGAGACAGUGACUGACCCUGACGUUGAGUUAUGCGAUAAGACUGUCAUAACCGGUGGUGUCGUUACAGACGAAAGAAUCGGUUAUAUAUUUAAUGAUAAAUACUUUUGGCAAAUGAAGGGAAAGCAGGGAAUCGAUGGCUACGCGAGUCUUAUAGCCAAUAAAUGGCCAGAAAUUUUGGCCCCAAUAAGGGCUGCGUUUGUGAUUCCCAUCGAAACCGGAUUUAUGACAAUCUUUAUUGUGGGCGACAAUUGGUAUGGAUAUCAAGACGGAAAGAUGAUGUCAAGCGGUGUGACCUCAGUUUGGCCUCAGUUUAAAGACCUGGACAUCACAAUCGCCUUUCCAUUUGAGAGCAAAGAUUCAAAAAUAUUUGUGAUUUACAACAAGAAUAGGAAUUAUAUAUUGUAUGACUUCAAGAGUGUGGAGAACCCAAAGGUCCUCAACUCUGGACAGACAGAAGUGAGAGACGGAUACCUAUUCUUCUACGGCUUAAUGAGCGAUAAGACACGUAAACAAGGGAUUCAAAUGUUUAACUCUAUAAUGGAUGCGAAGGCAGCCCUCAGUUAUUCAGACGAUCUGAUCAUUAUUUCGUCGCAAAAGUUUUGUCGAGUCCAACAAGACUUACAACCGUUGGACAAAAAGUGCAUCGCAUCCGAUAAUACAGCGGCAAACCUAUUGGGAUGUCCUCUUGAUAUCAAAUCGAGACCAUCGACGACAACCGUUGGCACCGAAUUUAUCGGACGGACCACAAAGAAAUUCACUGGCGGUGGAGGCAAACCAAGACCUGACUUGUCUGGUGUCGGCGGAGGUAAUCAAUUCAAACCACCAGCAAAAGCGGGUUUGGGAACCACUGUUCAGACGACAACACCCGUAGUGGCGGCUCUCAGCGAAAAAGAUAGUAAAAACAAGAAACCCGACAAAUCAGACUUUUGGGCGUUUGUUAUCAUUGGAGUUGUGGUCGGAAUAGCUUUUGUCGCUCUAAUCUUAGUCCUUAUAGUGUCCAGAAUUAGCCGCAAAGGACGCAAAGGAGAAGUUAUUGUAAUUAAAUAA